AUGGCCGCGGUGGAGACAUCGAACGACACAGUAAUGGACCUGGCGAGGCGGUGGUUGGAUAUUGAAGAAAAAACGCCAAUCGCCACCGCAGACUGCCUAAUGGACCGCCCGUGUCAUCUCAAACAUGUCUGCUGGAAAUUCAGCGAUUCGAUGAAUGAAAUUUGGGUCGAUGGAGUGCUCGGCGUGUCGUUUGCCGCAAAUCAGACGUCAGAGACGGGCGAAACGACCACAAAAGUCCACUACACGGUCGGAGCACAAAAUCCGGAGCCAGCCGAGAAGAAGACCGUAUACUACAGUAUCGAAUUGCCAGAAUUGGCCAGGUGGCAUUUGGCGUGGUUAACUGAUUCCAAUGUGUCGAUAGACUCGGCGACAAUCGAUAUGGAAUUCGAUCAGAAAUACCUGGUGGAAAAGCGAAAAUUCAAAUGCAAGCAGGUCAAUAUUACCGUAACCGCCAACUAUCCGACGGCGCACGGAUGGCUGUUGCAUAUGGAUCGAACAGUGGAAUCGUUGAUUUAUCGAGGAAAUGGAAUUAUGGACGCCAAUAAGUUCUUGCAACUGCCUUUUCGCUGGAACGAUUUGAACUAUCCGAUUCGAUCGGAAUUCAUCAUUUAUGUACAAAUUGAGAAUACGGCGGAUGUGGUGAAGAAGCUGAAUGUGAUUGGGACCAAAGAUCGAGAUUCCGGCGUCAUGGAGUAUCUCAUCGCAAUGACCAACCCCACGACCAGAAUGCGUGUCAUCACCCGUCCCUCAUCCGUCGUCUGCACAAUCUUUGCCAUUGACAACUCACAAGCUCCGCCCCCUCUGGCCACGCCCACAAUUUCUUAG